AUGUUCUUUUGUAAUAUAAUCUCUGCUAUCAUUCCACAACUAGCAAUACCAGCCAAACGAUCUCAAAUCAAAGCGCAGUCAGCACAUCCUCACGUUGUCAACCUCGAAAUAUGUCGAACAGCACUAUAUCAAAACUCGUUUCUCCAUAGAACGGGAAAACUCUGGAAUUCGUUGCCUAAGGGAGUAUCUCCAAGAGAACAUGCCUUUGAAUCCAGUCAGAAAUACAAAGAAGGCAAAUUCAUCAUCGAGUUAGCGCAUAUGAUCAAGGAGAAUGGCUGGGACUGACCAUAUUGAUAAACAGAAGCUGUAAACCCAUUCAAAAUGUUCGCCAAAUUGCUCAGAAAUGAAGAAGCAAGCCAUGGAAUCGUUAGAAAUAAAAACUUUUGUUUCCUCGAUUGGACCUAAAAAGUGUUGUGAACCUACAAUAGCAACACAUGGAUCGAAAAAAUGGUGGUAUAAUUUAGGAUCGGUAUAGACGUCGAAACUUAUUAUGGAUGUUGUGACUAUCUUGGUUGUUGUCGAGGCUUGAUAGUAAAGGCACUUUUUCCUCACCCGUUCCUCCAUUUUAGGGAACAUGAAUAGGUAUGUGCAAUCUUCUAACCCAAUCUGAAAAAUCGAAGCUCUUCACAACACAAAGCGUACUGUGUUAGAAACCAAACUGUGUCUGUGUUACUGGAUCUGAGAUAAAAAAAAUAUGUUAGAGGGAUGUUGGAACUGCCGUGCCACCGACCGGUGCGCAUAUUCAUAUGUUACCGACACAAAACGACAGUCGGAUUUCCGAGCGGAGCCGAACACGUAAUAAUAAGUUACCGACGUAAUUUUCAGUUUAUGUCUGUAACUUAACGGUUGGAAAUGGUUGGAAACGAGCCUGUAGCUGUCUGCUGGCAGUGGAAGAGAUGCAGUUUUUUCGUCAUAGAAACGUUUUUGAGUGAGGCCGUGCCACAGUGAGCUAAGCGUCCGUCUACCACAACUUAAGGGCUCGAGUUCAGUCCUCACGAGAUUGAGUUUUUUUUUCUAUUCAAAAACCUCAAGAAGUUUUCCGUUAGUC